UGAGAUCGUCUACUAAGAAGAAAGAAAGAAGAAACCGGAAAACAACGAGUCGGGACGAAGAUCUGCGAGAACCUACUCGAUCUUUAUCGUCUGCCUUCCUCUACAGCAAGAGAGGAUCGUUGACCUACAGUGACGACAGUGACGACGAUCAGAAGUCAGGUGAGGCGAAGCACAUUUCCGACACGUCAGAUGUCUCCGUGUCUGCCUUCAACCCUCAUUUGCCAACCGUGGAGGUCAGCAGCCAGUUAUCUAGGUCACCACGCAUGUGCCAGAUUUUGCAGACGAUUUCUGGCUCGGGAACACCAAAACGAGGCGCAUUGAAGAAAGACAAGGACUACGAAGACGAACAGCGUCGGCAACAACUGGCUGAUCAGAGGCGGUGGAAACAACAACACGUUUAUAACAAACUCAAAACCAAACCUUGGCAGCUUGUCCGAGUCCAGUCGGACAGUAGCAUCGGCGGACAUGCCAACUUCGACAACUAUGAUUUCCUGGCCAGAUAUUGCAUCCUGAACCCAGAGAACACGGAAACUUACAGGCAGAUUUUUGGCCAGGCAGACGAGCACAAACGAGGUUGGUUGUCUCAAGAACAGACUGCAGCGGCCUUGAAGGAGGUCAAUAGUAGGUUGACUGGCACGGAGCAGGAGUUUCUU